UGCCAUUAUAAGGUGGUUAUUUGAAAGAAAAGCAUAGAAAAAAUACAAUUCACGUGAAUUCUAGAAAUAGAUAAAAUAGUACGAAUGGAAAUGCACAUAAGCUCGAUUUGUUUAUUUAUGUACUAAAUCAUUUUUUCGAAACAUUCUUGUGGUUACCUAAACUACUUAUUACAACUCUGCGUCAGCUUAAUUGAAAAUUGGCUUGGAAAUGAAAUCCAAAAAAAAUUUUUGCGUCGGUGAUAAAGUUUUUGCAAAAGUUAAAGGCUACCCACCGUGGCCAGCUAUCAUUGAUGAAAUUAAAGGAAAACGUUACAGUGUUACAUUUUACGGUACUAAAGAAACAUCAAAAUUAAAAUUAGAAGAUUUAUGUGACUACAUAGACAAUAGAGAUAAAAUCACUGGGAAGUAUUCUAAAAAGAAAGGUUUUUUAGAAUCAAUUCGAGAAUUGGAAGAAGAAUUAUCUGGUACUAAUACAACAAUUGAUGAGGACAUUUAUCAGGAUAAUGGUAGAGUAAAUUCAGAUGAUGUUUCUGAAUCAUUUAACGAUGACGGGGAGAGUCAAAACGAUGAAACACCAGUAGCAGGUUCACAAAAAAGGAAAAAGCGAUCAUUGUCUGUACAAUCCGGAGAAGAUUUACCAGCUGCCAAACGGCAGUUAAUUGAUAGCCGUAAAUCAUCCACAGCCAGUAACGCUUCAAGUCGAAAGAGAAUGGAUUCACCCGAAAAUCAAUCUCAAUAUUUCGAUUCAUCAUUAAAAAUUGACGAAGAUCAUGUUGGAAAUGAUCGAAUCUCAUCAUCAGAAACUAAUGUAAAUAAGACUGUAUCUGAGCGUGACUAUGAAAUAAUAUUUGCAGAUGAAUUAUACGAGAAAACAAACAAUAUUUUUGAAUUAAUUGAAAAGGCGAAGUCUGCAGGAGAUACUCCUGUAACAGAAAAAAGUAGAGAAAAAGAUUUAUUAUUAAUUGCCCGAACACCAGAAGGUGAAUUUAUUGGUAUUAAAUAUGACACAGAUCGACCGAAAACAUUUGAAAAUGAAAUGGCCCGUUUACAUUGGACUGAUGGUUCAAUACGAAAUAUAUUAAAAUUUAAAUCACAAAUUGAACAUGGAGAAAUAUCACCAAAUCAAUCAACCAAUAUUGUUACAAAUCCACAACUAACAAUUGAAGAACGAAUAUUAGCGAUUGAAAAAUGUGUUGUACGACGGAAACAAGAACGUUUACAUUGGCUACAGUUAGAAUCGAAAUUAGUUGAAUAUGAUUCUGAAAUAAAAUCUUAUUUAGGUUUAGAAAGAGCUGACACUGAGAAAGCGUUACAUUGUUUGGAGGAAAUAUUAGCUUUGCCCAUUGAACAAUUAAUGUUAACUAAACAUCCCCAUGUUGUUGAUAUGGUACGCCGUUUAAGACGUUACAUAGGUAAUAUUAAAGCAUGGGAUUUAUCGGAUGAACAAGCAAUUGAAUUUAGCCGAGGUGCCGAGCAAAUACGACAAAAGGCAGACGAAGUUUAUCAAAAAUUCAAAACUUUAUAUGAAACAGAACAUGACAAAAGUUUCUCUGAUAUUUAUAAUAACCAUGUGAAGGAGUUUAACAUGAAAACUAAAAAUAUGAAGGAGGCGCAACGAUUUGCUGUUUGUGCCAAACCUGGUACUCGACAAUUUGAAAUGGACCAGAUGGAUGAUCAAUUAGAAAUUGAAGCUAUCAAAUUAAAAAAUGAAUUAGAAAAUAAAAAGGUAAAUCCUGAUUCCAUACUUUCAGAUACAAAUUCUGAUGUAAAUCCGGAAAAUUCGUAACAUUUGACAGAUGAUUUCAUAUAAAUAUUUUUCUCCACUACGAAAUGAAAUUCCAAAUGCUACGGAAAAAGAAGCUGCAGCAACUUCUGAUAUGUAAUGGAAAAACAAACAAAGAUUAAAUAAUCUGAGAAUAUCUACCACAUAAAAAAUGGAACUUUACUUUUUAUUAUAAUUAUAUUCAAGCAAUUAUUCCAAAAAUUUAAAAAAAAAAAAAACUAAUUAUUUUAUGUGAUUUAAUGUAAUUCGAUCUCUGUUUCAAUAUGGUGGUCUUAGUUGAUAUAUGUUUAAAAAAAAACCUUAAUAUUUUAAUUAUUCACAGAAAAUUAAAAUGGACAGACAUAAGUUUUGGCAAAACAUAAUUUAUCCGUAAUUUUUUUAUUUAAUUAUUUUAAUACUUGUAUUUGUCAUGAUGAAUUUGAAUGUAUUUUGUUUAAUCAUUUUUGUUUUUAAUUUUUAUUUCUAUUGUUAUAAUUGCUAAGUUAGCACUCAGUUCCAUUGGGACGACGUAAAUCGACGUUAACCGACAGCAGACGUUAUAAGCGCUAACCAAACGAAAUCAUUUUUGUUUACGAUCGUGUCAGAUCAAUAGAAUAAAAUCUUAAUUUAAAAUAAUUUGAGGUUCGUCAAAAUUUUUGUUUGUCGAUUUGGAAAACAUGCUUUGGUCAUGGAAAUUAAAUGUUAAUCAUAUACGACACUACGUUAAGCAAAUGUGAUUUUUAUGGAGCUGAAUCCUAAGUCAUCUCGAUAGCCUAAAAAUUAUAAUUCUUCGUUUAAUUUUUUUCUGCGUUUAUUUUUUAUUUUGUUUAUUUGCUUUUUCUCAAAAGUUGAAUAUUUGAAUAUUCUCCUUAGUAUUUUAAUUCGAAAUUAAUAGCAAAUAUUUUCUCUAAUGGCCGAGGGGGUUGGUUACUUCUUAAAGGGUUGAGGGAGGUGAUGUUACUACUAUUUGAGUGAGAAAAUGUAUUUUUUAGAUUACUUGUUUUAUUUAUUUAAUUUGUUCGUACUUCGAAAGAUAUAUAAAUUAUAUUUUGGUGUAGUCAUUUGGCCCUAUUUAUAGUUAUUUUAAAAAAUUGUUUAAAAUUCAGCUGUAAGUUCAUUAUGACAAGACAUUUUUAUUCUGAAAAAUGUGAUUUUUUUUACGAAUUACGGAAUAACAUAACGGAUAUUCGAAUAACAAUCGUACAUUCAUUAGUUUUCGUUGUCAAACUCUUUUCCAACUACCGUGAAAGGAAACUCCGUAUUUUGGAAGAUUUUUCUAAAUAAAAAUGAUUGUAGGCUCCGUUUAAAACAAACUAUAUGAAAUCAUCUUGGUUUUUGCUUUUCACUAUGAACUAAAAGUCAAUGGAAAUUAGGAUACGACAAUGCUUUAUUUACAACAUACGUGGUUUUCAAGAAAAAGUAGUUUUUCUUGGUCAUUGUGAUUGUUUAAUAUUUGUCUGCUGAAAGUUUUCGUAUGCAUGCAUAUGUGCAACCCCCUUCGAAUAAUUUUAUUUACAAAUCAGUUUUAUUUUUUUGAACAAUAGCAUCAUUAUUAAGUAGAUCAUUCAUAGAAUAAGACUACCAUUUCCGUUUUUGUCAAAAAUGAUAGAGCUGAAGGUUUAUUUUGCUAU